GAUUGAUCCCGGCAUGAACGGGCCCCUUCCCUCCACCCGGGCAUUUCUCUCCGAUCUGCCUGGUCUGCCGUUGGAAUCGAAAGUCCGCUUUCUCGGUUGUGUAAGGAGAUACAACAUCCCAACGGGCCACCUCAUCCUGGAACACAAUUAUCCCCGGCAGAAACCACCCCAGGAACCACCGUCAGUGUCGGUCGAUAUCAACGCCGUGCUGGAGACAGUCACGUCGGAGGAGCUGCGCGUGGGCGCGUGGGUCAAUGUGCUCGGGUAUGUAAGGAGGGGCGAUGCGAGCUUGGGAUCAUCCCCGGUGUAUGUGGAGGCCGUGAUGGUUUUUCCUGCGGGUGCGGUGGCGUUGGGAGAGUAUGAGCGCAUUCUGCAGGAUGCGUUGGGGGUGGAGAGGAGAGUACGGAGGCCAGACUGAUGGGUUCAGGGGUCUUUCUGUUUUGCACUCAAGUUGAUUGAAUUUCACUUUUCAUUAUGGCUAUGUAUGAUGCACCAAAUAUUAACCAUUACGAAUGACAUUAC